CCCCUUUUUUUAUUAUAAAUUUUCUCUCCAUUGGAUUGUAUAAAUUCAAAGCUGAAAUACCCAUCUCUAAAAUCUUUAAUUUCUUCUUGGGUUUUAAUUUUUUGGCUUGUUUUAAUUUAUUUAUAUAUAUGUAUGUAUGUAUGUAUGUGUUUGUUUAUUGGACUGAUAAAAGGACAUACAAGCUUUUUCUGGGUUUUUUUUUUUGGCUUUUGAUUUGUUCUGUAAGCUAAUUUAGCUUUCUGGGUUGUUGCAGAAAAGAAAAAAAGCCUUUAAUACCCAGUUGAAUAUGUUAUAUAAAGCUUGAAGAAAUCAAUCAAAUUUAUACAACCAAAAACUUUUUUUCAAUUUUUACUACCAAGUCUCUUUUGGGUCAAUAAAGACUUUUUUUCCCUUUUAAUAUAUUUUCUUUCCCUUGAGCAAAAGAGAAAAGAUAUGGGAAAGCAAGGUCCUUGCUAUCACUGUGGAGUUACAAGUACUCCUCUUUGGCGCAAUGGACCUCCUGAGAAACCGGUAUUGUGUAAUGCAUGUGGAUCACGGUGGAGGACUAAAGGGACACUUGCAAAAUAUACCCCACUUCAUGCUCGGGCUGAACCUGAGGAUCUUAGAGCUUCUAGAGUGAAGAGCAUAUCUAUAAAUAAGGACAGAGAAGCAAAAAGAAAGACAAAUCAUGAUAUAGCCAUUGUUUCCCCUGAUUACAACCUCGGUUUCCGUAAAUUCAUGGAUGAGGAUACUAGUAAUAGAUCAAGUUCUGGUUCAGCCAUUUCUAAUUCUGAAAGCUGUGCACAAUUUGGCAGUGCGGAUGUUAGUGACUUGACAGGGCCUUCUCAAUCUAAUGUAUGGGACUCAAUGGUACCUUCUAAGAAAAGAACAUGUGUAAAUCGUCCAAAGCCGUCACCAGUUGAGAAACUUACGAAAGAUUUAUGUACUAUUUUACAUGAACAGAAGUCUUCUUAUUUCUCUGUAUCUUCUGAUGACGAUUUGCUUCUUGAGAGUGAAACUCCCAUGGUUUCUGUCGAGAUUGGACAUGGAGGCAUUCUGAUCAAACAUCCGAGCUCAAUAGCUCGAGAAGAGGAAUCAGAAGCUAGCUCCCUCUCUUUUGAAAACAAACAAUAUUCAAUGAACGAGGCUUAUUCGCAUUCAUCAAGCUUCCCUGCGUAUAAUGAUAGCAAGGGCGUCAAAUAUUUGGGACAUGGAAUUGAAAAGGCUAAGAACCCUGCUGGACAAGGGAUGCAGCAUGAGCAACUUAAGAGAGACAAGGCUCAACAUGAAAAACCGCUAAUACUGGAAAGUCGUAAUUUGCCGCUUUGUAACAUAGAGUUGAGUGAUAUUAUCAAUUUUGAGGAGUUUGUGAAGCAUUUAACAAAAGAUGAGCAGCAGCAGUUACUGCAGUAUCUACCUCCGCUUGACAUUGCAAAACUCCCCGAGAGCCUCAAAAGCAUGUUUGAAAGUCCUCAAUUCGAGGAUAACUUGUGUUAUUUUCAGCAACUGCUUGAGGAAGGGGUCUUUAACAUCUCCGUUCCCGGGGUAAAUGCUGAAGAUUGUAAGACUUUAAAAAGACUUGCAUUAAUAAAUUUGACGAGAUCACACUGGGUGGAAUGCCAUCAUGGACUUAAGAAAUGUGGUAGUGUUGGAGUGUCUGUUAUUACUAGAGGACCAAAUGUCGUUCCUUUGAAUAAUUCAGCAACUGUGAAAAGAUCACGGGAUGGUCAAAUUCCAGAAGCAAGGACUUUAAUGAGUCCGAAACGAGUGAUCAUGAAAGCCACACACGAAAACAAAGAACUCAUAGACAAUGAGAGUUCUUGCUUUAGCCCGAGAAGCCUGUUUGCUUUGCCUCCCGAUGGUAGCUCUCCCAUGCUGGAUUCGCUCCAUUUUGCCAAUGAAUGUUCAGACCAAGAUUUGCUAUUGGAUGUGCCAUCCAAUGGCACGUUCCCACAGGCGGAACUGCUUCAUCCUACUUCGAGUUUUGGGCAACAGGCAAGUACUAGUAGUAACUCACCACACCCACACCUUGUCCAUCCCUAGCAAUGAAUUGUUUAAUUACUAGAAACUAUAAAAGUUAUGCUCCUUUAUGCAAGAUUCUGAUGAAUGGGGUCGACAUAUUUUUCAUGCCGAAAACUGAGGUUUGAUGGUUGCUCGUUUCUUUUAUCGAACUUAUGAUGGUAAGGGAUGAAUUUGGGGUGGGUAUUUUUGUAUAGGUUGACAAUAGAUUUGUAAUAUAGAGCUCAAAAAAAGUGCAGAAAAGGUAGUAGUUUUCCAAAGAA